AACGUGUCACCAGAAGCCCAAGAGAAAUAAUAGGAAUCACGGUUUCAGCAACUCCAAUAGUAUCUCCAACGGGCAACAGCUUCUUCUGCAGCUCCAAUGGCUGCUGCUGCUGCUGCUGCUUCUUCUUCUUCCUUUGCUCUAUUACCUGCGUUUACAGGCCCCGGAUCUUGCAAUCCCAGAUCCCUAAUCUCUCUAUCCAAACCCCUAAACUUUCCUAUUGCCCUUUCAUUGCCAUCUCAAAACAGACUGAACAGAGCUCCGCGAAUCGUGUCUUCGAUUUCCAUCUCGAGUCCAGAAGUGCUAACCGGGCGACCCGAUGAUCUUGUUGCCUCUAUUUUGUCCAAGGUUACGCAAACAGAUGGAGGAGUUUCGCUGACUAAAGAAGAGCACGAAGAGGUAUCUGCAGUUGCUCAGCAAUUGCAGAAUUAUUGUGUGGCUGAACCGGUGAAAUGUCCUCUUAUCUUUGGAGAGUGGGAUGUGGUGUACUGUUCGACGCCAACUUCACCUGGAGGUGGGUAUAGGAGUGCAUUGGGCCGUCUUGUAUUUAGAACCAAGGAAAUGAUUCAGGCAGUUGAAGCUCCUGAAACUGUAAGGAACAAGGUCUCCUUUUCUCUUUUGGGGUUCCUUGAUGGAGAGGUCUCUCUCAAAGGUAAACUGAAGGCUUUGGAUGAGAGUUGGAUCCAAGUUAUAUUUGAGGCACCUCAGCUGAAGGUUGGAGCACUGGAGUUUCAGUAUGGCGGUCAAAGUGAGGUUAAGCUGCAGAUAACAUACAUAGAUGAGAAGAUUAGGUUAGGAAAGGGCUCCAGAGGUUCUCUAUUUGUUUUUCAAAGACGCAGAUAGACAAUGGAAAUAUUGGUGACUUGGUGUAUGAAGAUUCCUUCUCUGUAAUCUGUUUCUGGUGUGGGAGAAAUGUUGAACUUCUUUACAUAGUGAUGGGCUUCUAUCCCAUUCACAAUAGAAACUUAUGUUUAACCUCUUGAUGUACUGAAUUGAAUAACAUUACAGUGAUUUCUUAUUCCUGUCUUCA